AUGUCAAUAAUUCACUACGCACGAAAGAAAACCGGGAGGAACGCGGAAAUAUAUGGUAUCUGCACAGAUAGUUACAAAUGGACGUUCUUGCACCUCAACAGCAAAAGUCAGGAAGCUGACGAAAGAUAUGCAAAGUACUCGUCACUCCAGUUGGACUGGACAAAAGGUCAACAAGAAGAGAUCGUCAGCCAGAUUGGCAAGAUCGUAAAGCAGGAAAUUGAGAUUGCUAUAUCAGAAGCUCAAAUGAACCGACGGAAAAUGACCGUGAGCCAGAUGACUGGCUGUAUGGUUUUCGACUAG